CCCUAUUAAAAAUGAAAAAUAAAUACGAUGAUACCGCAAAAAUUUCACGCCUCUGAUCGCGUUCGCCAACGAGCCACAGCAAAGUUCGGUCGGCUACAGUCGUCAUCCCCAGAUUCAUCGAACCCCAAAAUCAUCGUUUUUCUCUGCGGUCGCUAAAGAAACUCAAGGUAUCCUGAUUGCAGUUCUUGACCUAUUGAAUCCAUAGGUAGUAAAGAAAAUCUGAUGAGAAAGAUCAAACAACAUACAAUACAAUACCAAAAGGAUCUGAAGAACAAAUACUGGUUGAGGUGCAGACUAUUGUCAAUCACAAAAGGGUAAUUUUGGUUUGCUUGAUUAUGUUAGAUCAAGUCAAGAUUAUUUCUGAUCGCAUUUGGGUGAGCUGCUUGCUCCAUUUACUCGUACAAAAUCUGUGUGUUUUAUGAUAUUGAAGUUCAACAAAUACUCAUAACUCAUGGGUGUUAAAGAAGAACAGAAACAGUCCGAUGGUGUUGAAAGUAAUGGCGCAACUAAUGGAGAAACUAAUGAAGAGAAUUUGUGCCCGUCUGCUGAUGACCAGGCGUUAAAUACCUUACACACGCCAAAUUCUAGUACGGAUAAAGACCUGUUGCUUUGUCGGGUCUGUCACUGUGCAGAAUCUGACAGGAGAGGAGAUGCUGCCCUUGGCUUCUUGAACAUUUUCCCUCCACCCCUGGAUAGCAAUGGGGAUGGUGAUUCAAUUGAUAAAGUCCCCAAAAAGGAUGUCAAAAAAGAUGUCAUCCAUGCCAAUAAUAGUGUGGAAUCUGGAUUUGUUGAGUUCAUAAGUCCUGAAGGGGAAGUUUUUGUUUGCAGUGCUGAUAUAGAAUCAGGCUCUUACUGCCAGCAAGAUACACUGGUUGACCUUGGAUGUUCCUGCAAAAAUGAGCUUGCACUUUCUCAUUAUGCAUGUGCUUUGAAGUGGUUUAUUAGUCAUGGAUCUACUGUAUGUGAAAUUUGUGGAAGUGUUGCUAAAAAUAUAAGGCAUUCAGAUUUUAAAAAAGUCAUGGCAUCUUUGAAGGAAUAUGAGGCAUUAAAGGAAAAGACUGCAACUGGGGAACUUGCCCAGAUAAAUGUGGUAACAAAUUCAAAUGUUGAUCCUGAUGCUCUGGCAGCAGUCCGAAGGCAAAGACUUAGCGAGGUAUCAUUAUGGUUCAAUCCUCACAAUAAUUCUGUUGUAGUCUCACAGGAAACUGUAGAUCAAGUUUCAAAUCCCCCUCCUGAAAAUAUUGUAAUGGUGGAGAAUACUACAACUAAAUGGGCUGUUGAAGGUACUGGGAUUCUAGUUGCAACUGGCCUGCUUACGGUUACCCUUGCUUGGUUAAUUGCCCCUCAUGUUGGAAAGAAAACUGCAAGAAAUGGUCUUCACAUUCUGCUUGGAGGUGUAUGUGCUUUGACUGCUGUGAUCUUCCUUAGAUUUGUGAUUUUAUCUAGAAUCAAGUACGGGCCAGCACGCUAUUGGGCAAUCCUAUUUGUGUUCUGGUUUCUUGUCUUCGGAAUCUGGGCUUCUCGAAGCCAUGGCCACCAAUAGCAAAGAUUUGAGAGAGGCCCCUUUAUCCUGUCUCAAACUGCUACCCUUUUAUUAUUGCAAUAAAUUAGUGGCCGAAGAGGAUGCUUUGUUUUGAACCAGACUUUGUGAUUUACUAGUUCUCGAAUUUUCGUUCAGGAGCAGCAGUUGUAUAGCUGGACGUUGCUGUAAAGAAACUCGGAGAAUCUUUGGUAGUUAUUAGUGGUGUGCAGUGUCGAGAAAAAUGUUGUAUUUGUCGAGGUUAUGGCUUAAAAUUUUAGACAUUGUUGUUUAUGUAGCUUACAGUAAGAUCAGAGGGAAUGUAGUUUCCCUGUAUCAGAGAUCUCUCAUCUGCUGUAUUUCUGUGGUUAUUAUAGGGAUCUCUAAAACGCUGCAUGUCAAUUAAUGUAGUUGCUUUAAAAUCCAUGUUUAUUCUCUGUA